AUGUCAAAUAGUAAGAGAAGAAAAUUAGGUGAUGAAAACAGAACAUUUAAUGUGGAAUGGGAGUUAGAUUUUUUCUUUACUGCUGAGAAAGAUAAAAUGAUGUGUUUGUUGUGCAAUACAGUUUUAAAUACUUUAAAAAAAGCGAAUGCAAAUAAACACUAUUUGACUCAUAAAGAACAUAAAUAUUUCGCUAUAGAAGGUGAAUCACGAAAAGCUGCACUUCAAAAGUUGAAAAAUGGGAAGCAUCAGCAGCAGGCAUCUUUUAGUGCCUUUGUAAAUCAGAAUUCCUCUGCAGUUGCUGUUACGUAUAAAAUAGCACAUAUACUUGGAAAAAGGGGCAAACCAUUUAGUGACAUUGAAAUUAUUAAAGAAUGUAUUGUUGAAGCAGUGAGUAUGUUAAAUCCAAGAAAUGUCGACAAAUACAAACAAUUACCUCUUUCAAGAAGAACUGUAGCAGAUCGACAGCAUGAAUUAGCGCAAAAUGUAGCAGAGCAACUUCAUACAAUUAUACAAAAUGAAGAUGUUUAUUUUUCAAUUGCUUUAGAUGAAAGCACUGAUAAAACAGAUUCAGCACAGGUUUUAUAUUUUAUUCGUGCUAUAACUAAAGAUUUUCAAUGUUACGAAGAACUACUUGCGUUGGGUACACUAACUGGAAGAACUCGCGGAGCCGAUAUUUUCGAAAACUUCAAAGAAGUAUGUAAUAAAUUACAAUUGAAUGUCAGUAAUUUAGUCAGUGUCUGCACCGAUGGCGCACCUUCCAUGAGAGGCAAAAAAGAAGGAUUCGUUGCUUUGUUAAAAAAGGAAAACUUAAACUUGAAAAAAUUGAUAUCAUUUCACUGCAUUUUGCAUCAGCAAAAUCUUUGCGCAAAAUCUACCAUUUUGCAAGACACUCUGGAUAGAACCAUUGCCAUUGUCAACUAUAUUCGCGUAAAUGCAAUGCGUCAUCGUGAAUUUCGGCAGAUGCUCUCUUUAGAUGAGGAAACGUAUAGUGUUGACCUACCAUACUACUGCAAGGUUCGCUGGCUAUCAACAGGUCAGGUUUUGAUAAAAGUUUUGUCUUUACGACGACAAAUUUUAAACUUUUAUCAAGAACAAGGAAAACAAUGUGAUCUAUCAGAUGAAGUAUUUCUCAGAAACCUUGCCUUUUUGUCUGAUAUGAUGACAAAACAAAACAAUUUAAAUUUUUGCCUGCAAGGUGAAACGAGGUAUAUUUAUGAAAUGUGGCAAAAGAUCCAAGCGUUUAGAAAAAAAUUAUCAUUUUUCAAAACAUUGCUUUGUCGAUCGGAAAUAUCUGCAUAA